AUGGAACGCCGCGUACGACGUCGUCCUCCGCAUGGGCCUUCCCCCCGGCUGCCACACGGUGUGGCUGCGGGGACCUCCUGGGAAGACGCGGUUACAAAGGUGGAGACAGCCUUGAAGUAUCUGGGUUUGAUCCUGGACGGCCGGUGGGGCUUCGUCGAGCAUUUCGACGACAUUGCCCCACGGUUGGGUCAGAGGGCCAAUGCCUUCAGAGGUCUGAUGCCCACUCUCCGGGGCCCGGGUAUAGGUGCGAGGUGCGUGUAUAUGCACGCAGUCAUGUCCGGGGCGCUAUACGGCGCCCCGGUCUGUUGCGAGGCGAUAAGGGCCAGCCGCAAGAUACAAAAGGACUUGCACUCAGUGCAAAGGCUGCUGGCCCUACGCAUUGCGCGCGCUUAUCGCACCUCUCCAAACAACACCACAAUGGUUCAGGCGGGAAUGCCGCCAUUGCAAUUCCUGGCAACGGCCCGAGCUACCAUGUACGCUCGGGUCAAAGCCUCCCGCCUACAGGGCAAAGACAUCGCCCCGAGAACCAUGGCGUCGUGGAGAGAGAGAGCCCGUCGGCGGGCGAUCGAGGAAUGA